AUGUCACUGGCAACACUGCAGAACAGAAUCAAUUUUAUGAGACCACAAAUGUUCAUCAGGAGAAGAAAACUGGUUAUGAGAGUAAACCUCCAGAGCUGGAGCUGGAGCAGCAGCUAACUUCCUACCCAGUUGAAGUAAAGCCUGGGAUAAAGAAGGAAGACUCCUUUGCCGGUUUCCCCCCUUCUAAUCCCUCACAGCCUCACCUGUCAAAUAGACAUCAUUACCAGAGUCGGAAAAGGCCUUUUGAAGACAACCGGGGACGUGGUUACUAUGAACACCGAGAGGAUAAAAGGGGUCGAUCACCUCAGCCGCCCGCUGAAGAGGAUGAGGAAGAAUUUGAUGACACUCUUGUUGCCAUUGACACAUAUAAUUGCGAUCUUCACUUCAAAGUAGCCCGGGACCGAAGUAGUGGCUACCCACUCACCAUUGAGGGAUUUGCAUAUCUGUGGUCUGGUGCCAGAGCCAGUUAUGGGGUCAGGAGGGGCCGAGUGUGCUUUGAGAUGAAGAUCAAUGAAGAAAUCUCUGUGAAGCACCUCCCUUCCACAGAGCCUGAUCCCCAUGUUGUGCGAAUCGGCUGGUCGUUGGAUUCUUGCAGCACCCAGCUAGGUGAGGAGGCUUUUUCUUAUGGUUACGGGGGCACUGGAAAAAAAUCUACCAACAGCCGAUUUGAAAACUAUGGGGACACAUUUGCUGAAAAUGAUGUAAUUGGCUGUUUUGCGGAUUUUGAAUGUGGCCAUGAAAUAGAGCUUUCUUUCACCAAGAAUGGAAAGUGGCUAGGCAUAGCCUACCGCAUCCAGAAAGAUGCCCUGGGGGGCCAGGCACUCUAUCCCCAUGUCCUCGUGAAGAACUGUGCUGUGGAGUUCAACUUUGGCCAGAGGAGAGAGCCGUACUGCUCCAUCAUCCCAGGGUUUACAUUCAUUCAGCACGUGCCUGUGGGGGAACGUAUUCGGGGGACUAUUGGACCAAAGAGCAAAGCAGACUGCGAGAUUCUCAUGAUGGUUGGCUUGCCAGCAGCUGGCAAAACCACGUGGGCUGUCAAACACGCCGCUGCCAACCCCACCAAGAAGUACAACAUCCUAGGUACCAACGCGAUCAUGGACAAAAUGCGGGUGAUGGGCCUCCGCCGACAGCGCAACUAUGCUGGCCGAUGGGAUGUCCUCAUCCAGCAAGCCACUCAGUGUCUGAACCGCCUCAUUCAGAUUGCUGCCCGCAAGAAACGCAACUACAUCUUGGAUCAGACAAAUGUUUAUGGAUCAGCCCAGAGACGAAAAAUGCGUCCUUUUGAAGGUUUCCAACGCAAGGCUAUUGUCAUUUGUCCCACGGAUGAGGACCUGAAAGAUCGAACGAUAAGACGCACGGAUGAAGAGGGGAAGGACGUGCCUGAUCAUGCUGUGUUAGAAAUGAAAGCUAACUUCACGCUGCCCAAUGUCGGGGACUUUCUGGAUGAAGUACUUUUCAUCGAACUCCAGCGGGAGGAGGCCGACAAGCUGGUGAGACAGUACAAUGAAGAAGGCAGGAAGGCCGGACCUCCUCCAGAGAAACGCUUUGACAGUCGUGGGGGCAGCAACUCAGGAGGCUUCCGGGGCCGGGGGGGCACUGGGGGCUUCCAGCGAUAUGACAACCGAGGACCACCUGGGGGCAAUCGAGGGGGCUUCCAGAACCGAGGGGGCAGCAACAGCGGCGGUGGUGGCGGUAGCGUUGGCGGCGGCAGCUACCGUGGAGGUUUCAACCGAGGUGGGGGUGGAAGCAAUAACAGCGGCGGGGGCUACACUCAGAACCGCUGGGGCAGCAAUAAUCGGGACAACAGCUCCAACAGCCGAGGUGGCUACACACGGCCCCCUCAGCCCCAGAAUUACCCCCCCGCCAGGAGCCAGCCCCCCAGCAGCGGCGGCACCAGCAGCACCAGUGUCACCAGCUACAAAAGCAGCAACAUCCCCACCUCGGUGGCCAGCAGCGGCAGCAGCAACCCUCCCGUCAGCAGCUACAGCCCCCCCCAGCAAACCUAUACCCCAACCUAUAAUCAGGGAGGGUACACCCAACCAGCUUACACCGCGCCUCCACCUCCACCACCACCACCCCCUCCCACCUACAACUAUGGGAGCUACACCGCCUACACCCCUCCCUACACUACCCCCCCGCCACCCCCUACCGGGCAGACCUACAAUCAACAGAACUACAACCAGUAUCAACAGUAUGCCCAGCAGUGGAACCAGUACUACCAGGGCCAGUGGCCACCAUACUAUGGCAACUAUGACUACGGAAGCUAUUCGGGGAACACACAGGGGGGCUCGAGUACGCAGUAGCAGGGGCUGCCCCAGAGGCAGAGACCAUGCCCUCCGGCCUGGGCCCAAGGGCAGCUGCUGCCUUGCCUGGCUGUGUCCGUCUGUCCGUCCGUCUGUCCGUCCAUCCAUCCUCAGCUCCUGCCUUUCUUGCCCAUCCUCCCAUUGAGAAGGCGCGUGAUUCCUCCGUCCUCUCCCACUCUUUUUCCAGUUCCACAAUGCAGCAAAAAAAGAAAGAACCCUCUUUGCUUUUUAUUCUUUUUUUUUCUUUUUGGAACACCAACCCUGUGCUGCCGCCCCUGCUUCUCCCCCUCAGGGGCCUCCAGUGGAAAGCACUCAGUAGCUCCAGGGGCCAGAGGAGAGCCUAGAGUAGCCGCAGCCGCUGCCCUUGAUUUCUCCUCCUCCCCCUCAGCUUUCCAGGCCUUCUUGAAACCAACCCCUGCUGGAGAUGUUUUAUUGUCUGAGACUUUGCAGAAAAAAACAAAAAACAAAAAAAAAAAAAGAAAAAAGAUGGAGGGAGGAAGAGGCAAGCCAGAUGUUUUAUGGUAAUUAUGCUGUUUUUUAAUUUUUAGAAUUUAUGUCAGUUUUUACUGUGGGACGGCUGUUAAUAUUUCAUCAAGGUAACAAUUUCUUUGCUGAGUUCAGGUGACUGAGGAAGAGCACGCAUCCACUUGGGAAGUGAAACCACAAAAUCAUCUUUAACCUAACUUUUUAUACAAUGUCUAAGUUCCCGUAACUUUGCACACACGCUUCUGUGUUGAGUUGAAUUGUAACUGCUUUUUGUAUUUGGAGAGAGUGACUAUUGAACUUUAAAACUUUUAUUCUA